GUCCAUGUUAUUUUGGCAAAAAGAAUUGACGUGUUUGUUUCUCAGAGAAUUUGAUAUUCACAUUUCACGGUUGACGAUUGAAUUACGCUGAUUUUAUACAUUUACAUAGUUUUUAAUUAAGUGUAAGAUUUUUAAGUAGCGGAAAUGUUACAUUUAAAGCAUCUAGGGUUAUUAUUCUUCAUCGCCGGGUCGUAUGCCCUUUACGACUCCUCUUCAGACGUAGUACAAUUAACUCCAAGUAAUUUUGAAAAACUAGUUACGAAUUCAGAUGAAGUGUGGAUAAUCGAAUUUUUUGCACCCUGGUGUGGACAUUGUAAGAAUCUUGUCCCCGAAUAUAAAAAGGCAGCUAGGGCACUAAAGGGAAUUGUGAAAGUGGGUGCUGUAGACGCAGACCAAUACAAGGAGUUGGGGCAGAAGUAUGGCGUCAGCGGAUUCCCUACUAUCAAAAUAUUCACUGGCAGCAAACACACCCCCUACCAAGGCCAGAGAACGGCCGAAUCGUUUGUUGAUGCCGCGCUAAAGGCAGCGAAAGACAAGGCCUAUGAUAACCUUGGCAAGAAAUCCAGUGGAUCCAGCUCUGAUAAGUCCGAUGUUAUUACGCUCACGGACAGCAACUUCAAAGAACUGGUGCUCGACAGCGACGACAUGUGGUUGGUCGAAUUCUUCGCGCCGUGGUGCGGUCACUGCAAGAACUUGGAGCCGCAGUGGGCUAAGGCGGCCACUGAGCUUAAAGGAAAGGUGAAACUAGGAGCGCUAGACGCUACAGUUCAUCAGAUGAUGGCCUCCCGUUACCAAGUGCAAGGUUACCCGACCAUCAAGUUCUUCCCCGGAGGCAAGAAGACCAGCGAUUCUGUAGAAGACUACAACGGAGGCAGGACAUCCAGUGAUAUUGUGACCUGGGCACUCGAGAAAUUGGCUGAAAACGUACCGGCUCCGGAAGUUAUUCAGGUAAUAAACGAAGACACAAUGAAGGCGUGUAGCGAGAAGCCACUAUGCGUUGUUUCGGUGCUGCCACACAUUCUCGAUUGUAACGCGGCGUGCAGGAACGACUAUAUCUCGAUACUCAAGACGCUCGGCGAGAAGUAUAAGGCGAAGAUGUGGGGUUGGGUAUGGUCUGAGGCCGGUGCUCAAGAAGACUUAGAAAAGGCGUUAGAACUCGGCGGUUUCGGAUACCCGGCCAUGGCGGUUGUUAAUGCUAAGAAACUCAAGUUCUCCACAUUGAGAGGAUCAUUCUCGAGCAGCGGCAUCAAUGAGUUUUUGAGGGAUCUUUCCUUCGGACGUGGUCAAACAGCGCCAGUGCGUGGCGCGGAAAUGCCCAAGAUCGUCAGCACGGAGCCCUGGGACGGCAAGGAUGGGGAACUGCCCCCAGAGGAGGACAUUGAUCUCUCCGAUGUGGACCUGGAGAAGGACGAGCUAUAGUGGCCCUGACUGAAACGCUAGAUUAGUAACAUGAUUCACGCUGCACCGUG